UGUAUGCAUGCGCCAGCCGUCUACGUCACAGCAUCCUAGGGCGAGUGACACUGGAGAAAAACAUAGGCUACCCAGUCGCCGCGUCCAGGGGUUGUAUUUUCUUUUUUUCAUACAGGAAGGAGGUAGCUUCAAAUAGGCUGAUCAUUUUUGAGCAAUUAUGGCCGACAUCCCGCCUGUUAUAAACAUCUCGAUCUCACUGAAAAUCCAGCCGAAUGAAGGACCGGUGUUCUUUAAAGUAGAUGGGACGAGGUUCGGACAGAGCAGGACAAUUAAAUUGCUAACUGGGUCCAAAUACAAAAUUCGGGUAGCGUUGAAGCCGACGAACGCUGAACCAGGAACCAUGGGUAUCGGCAGCGUCAAAUUCCCCCUGGAGGUGGAGACCAAAGACGAGGAAUCGGUAGUGUACACCGGGCUCUAUGACACGGAGGGCGUGCCGCACACCAAAAGCGGGGAGAGGCAACCUAUUCAGGUCUUCAUAGAGUUCAAAGACGCCGGCAUGUUUGAGACCGUCUGGCAGGUGAAGUUCUACAACUACUACAAGCGGGAGCACUGUCAGUUUGGCAACAAUUUCAACUGCAUCGAGUACGAGGUCAAGCCAAACGAGACGCGCAGCCUAAUGUGGAUCAAUAAGGAGGCCUUCCUCUAGGACCCCCCCGCCCAUACCCGCCUUCUAAGGGACUGGAGGGAGAGCCAGGGGGGGGGGG